CAUGGACAUCAUCAUAUUCUUCUCAGCGUGUCCAGCGAGAAGUUGGCACAAAGGAGUUGCUCAAAGAAAGCAAGAGAGACGAGAUUUAGAAUACUGGCUCUAGUGUGAGAGCUGGAUUCACUUACCACUCUUGCCUCUUGACCUCACCAAGUCUCAGCUUCCUCACCUGUUAAAUGGAUACAACAGUUGAAUCAUCAUUUAUUGAGAACUUCCUAAAAUGCCAGCUGAGGAUAGCACAGAAGUUUAGGUGAUUGGACCAAGGUCAUACGACUAAUACAACAGUAGCUUCUUCAUAGACUCAGCCCUUCCCCAGAAGGAGGAGGACGAAAUGACCAAGUUCAAGGAGGCAGUGACAUUCAGGGAUGUGGCUGUGAUCUUCACUGAGGAGGAGCUGGGGCUACUGGACUCUGCCCAGAGGAAGCUGUACCAAGAUGUAAUGCUGGAGAACUUCAGGAAUGUGGUCUCAGUGGGGCAUCAGUCCUUCACACCAGAUGUUAUAUCUCAGUUAGAGAGAGAAGAAAAGCCUUGGAUGAUGAAGAUGACAAACCAGAGCAAUAACUUCUCAGGAGGCAAGAAUCUAAACGAGAAGACUCUGCAAGAAGUAGGAUUAAGAUACCUGCCACAAGAAGAGCUUUUCUGCUCACAAAUCUGGCAGCAUAUUACAAGGGAGUUAGCCAGGUGUCAAGAUUCCAUGAUAAAUAUUCAAGGAACUGGCUCUCAGUUGGGAAAACAAGGUGACGUACUCUAUAAAGAUGAGGAGUUCAGUAACCCGAGUUCACAUCUUCAAGUCCACCACAGAGUCCACACUGGUGAAAAACUGUACAAAGGGGAGGGGUGUGAGAAAAGUUUUAUUAGGGACUCUCAUCUUCAAAUUAACCAGAGGGCCCAUGCAGGAGAGAAGCUCUACAAAUGUGAAAAAUGUGAUAAUGCCUUUCGUCGGUUUUCAAGUCUUCAAGCCCAUCAGAGAGUCCACAGUAGAGAGAAAUACAAACAUGAUGCAUUGUGUAAGGGUUUCAGUCAGAGAUCACGUCUUCACUAUCAUCAGAGAGUUCCCACUGGAGAUAAUUCAUACAAAUAUGAGGAGCGUGGGAGGAGCGUCAGGAAAAGCUCACAUUGUCAAGCUCCUCCAAUAGUCCAUAGAGGAGAAAAACCCUACAAAUGUGAGGAGUGUGGGGUGGGCUUCAGUCAGAGCUCGUAUCUUCAAGUCCAUCAAAGAGUCCAUGCUGGAACGAAACCUUAUAAAUGUGAAGAGUGUGGAAAGGGCUUUAGUUGGCGUUCACGACUGCAGGCUCAUCAGCGAAUCCACACUGGAGAGAAACCAUACAAAUGCAAUGCAUGUGGCAAGGGCUUUAGUUACAGCUCACACCUUAACAUUCAUUGUAGAAUCCACACGGGAGAGAAACCUUAUAAAUGUGAAGAGUGUGGGAAAGGCUUUAGUGUGGGUUCACACCUUCAAGCCCAUCAGAUAAGCCAUACUGGGGAAAAACCAUACAAAUGUGAGGAGUGUGGGAAGGGCUUCUGUCGGGCCUCGAAUCUUCUGGACCAUCAGAGAGGCCAUACUGGAGAGAAACCAUAUCAAUGUGAUGCAUGUGGUAAGGGCUUCAGUCGUAGCUCAGAUUUUAACAUUCAUUUUAGAGUUCAUACAGGUGAAAAACCCUAUAAAUGUGAGGAGUGUGGUAAGGGCUUCAGUCAGGCCUCAAACCUUCUGGCCCAUCAAAGAGGCCACACUGGAGAGAAACCAUACAAAUGUGGUACAUGUGGGAAGGGCUUUAGUCGGAGUUCAGAUCUUAAUGUUCAUUGUAGAAUUCACACAGGAGAGAAACCCUACAAGUGUGAGAAGUGUGGCAAGGCCUUCAGUCAGUUCUCAAGUCUUCAAGUGCAUCAGAGAGUGCACACUGGAGAGAAACCAUAUCAGUGUGCUGAGUGUGGGAAGGGCUUCAGUGUGGGUUCCCAGCUUCAAGCCCAUCAGAGGUGCCACACUGGAGAGAAACCAUACCAAUGUGAGGAGUGUGGGAAGGGCUUCUGUCGGGCCUCAAAUUUUCUGGCUCAUCGUGGUGUCCACACAGGAGAAAAACCAUACCGAUGCGAUGUGUGUGGUAAGCGCUUUAGACAGAGAUCCUACCUUCAAGCCCACCAGAGAGUUCACACAGGAGAGAGACCAUACAAAUGUGAGGAAUGUGGGAAGGUCUUCAGUUGGAGCUCCUACCUUCAAGCCCACCAGAGAGUUCACACUGGAGAAAAACCAUACAAGUGUGAUGAGUGUGGGAAGGGCUUCAGUUGGAGCUCAAGUCUUAUAAUUCAUCAGCGAGUUCAUGCUGAUGAUGAGGGUGACAAGGACUUUCCUUCAGCAGAGGACUCACAUAGGAAAGAAGCCCUAUAAAGUGAUAUGUUUUAAUGUCUUAAAUGGGUGCUGAACUAUUUUAAUUAUCAUAGCUGUUAGAGGAGAUAAAGCUUUUGUUUCAUAAAAGUAUCAGUAUUUCAGCCAGAGUUUGACAUGCCACAGUGGUCAGAAGACCACACAGCAGAGAGGCCUUGUGAGAGUGGAGACAUGUAUUUCAUUCAGAACCCAGACCCUUAGCAGAUACAUGCAGACAAGAGGCUCAGGAAGGAUGAGUCUGAUCUGGAGUUAACAGAAGUACGAAGAUGGGAAUGCCAAAUUCUAUUCCACUAGAAUAUAAGCUCCAAGAGAGUAGGGACUUACUUUGUUGACUGCCAAAUCUACUCUGCCUUUUCAGUGCCUAACAUAUUGUAAGUUUUCAGUAAUGUUUGAAAUUACUGUCAUUUUUGAAAUUCAGUCAUAUUUGAAAAUUUUAUUCAGUUUAUCUCAAAGUUUUUAUAAAAUUAUACUCGGAAGAGGAAUUCAAGGAUUGGAGUACAUUUAAGUUAUUCAUACAAGCUAAUUUUCCCAGUCCUGCAGGCCCUGUGGAACUAGUAUUUAUCAAAAUGAAGGUUGCAACCCUUUAGUGGGUCCAGAAAUCAGUUCUGUGGCUUGUGACCAGCACUUUUGUAUGCAAACAGUACUUUACUGAGGUAUACUUUGCAUGCAGUAGCAUGCAUCAAUCUUAAGUUUAUGGCUUCAUGAAUUUUAACAAAUGUAUGGACUUGUGUAAUCAUCACCAAGAUCAAAGUAUACAAUAUUUUUUUUAAACCAGAAAGUUUCCUGUAUCCAUUUCCAGUCAA